CAUCCAUUCACUCACCCUCUUCCUGUUCACUUUCCUCACUUUAUAUUGACACCUCUUUCACAGCUUUUCUUCUUCUCCUACUUUCAACUUUUUUCAUCUUUCAGCUCAUAAAUCCCAAUGGCCUCAUCUCACCAACUCAAGAACUUUGAUGUUUUCUUGAGUUUUCGAGGUGAAGAUGUUCGCCAUGGUUUUGUAAGUCAUUUACAUAAGGCUCUGACUCAACAAGGUAUUCAAACCUUCAUUGAUGAUAAUCUCCCUAGGGGAGAAAACAUUUCUGAAGAGCUUCUCAAAGUCAUUGAAAACUCAAGUGCAUCAAUAAUUGUAUUUUCUAAAAACUAUGCAUCCUCUAGUUGGUGUUUGGAUGAACUUGCAAAAAUUAUUGAGUGUAGCAAAAAAGUGCUACCAGUUUUCUAUCAAGUAGAUCCAUCUGAAGUUCGUAAGCAAAUAGGGGAUUUUGGAAACAAACUGACUGAGCUUGAAAAAAAAAUUGAAGAUAAGACAAAGGUACAAAGGUGGAGGGACGCUUUAAGUGAAGCAGCCAAUAUUUCUGGUUGGGACGACAAAAACAGUUGCAAUGAAUCUGAACUUGUGCAAAAAAUUGUUGAAGAGAUCUUAAAUUUCGAAUUCAUUCAGAUGCCAUCAAAUGUUGCUACAAUGCAGCUGGUUGGAAUAAAUUCUCACAUAGAGGCCCUAACAACACUUUUAGAUAUUGAAUCAAAUGAUGUUCGCAUGGUAGGGAUCACUGGCCUUGGUGGAAUAGGCAAAACUACAAUUGCAAAAGCUAUUUAUAAUAGCUUUUCAAAUCAUUUCAAAGCAAAAAGUUUUGUAGAGAAUGUUAGAGAGUGGUCAAAGACAGAGGAAGGCAAAAUAUGUUUACAAGAGGCACUUCUUAAGGGUAUCUCAGAGGAUAAGAAUUUGAGGGUGAGUACUAUAUAUGAAGGAAUCACAAGGAUAAAUAGAAUUCUUCGCCUAAAAAAGGUUCUUAUCAUUCUUGAUGACGUGGAUAAUGUCGAGCAGAUAGAAACAUUGCUCGGACAAUGUGAAGGCUUUGCAUUUGGAAGUAGAAUCAUUCUGACAACAAGAUAUCAAAGCUUGCUAGUUAAUCGAAAUGGUCUUUCAACCUAUGACUAUGGGGUUAAGGAAUUAGAUGAAGAUGAAGCUAUUGAAAUCUUUCGUAAGCAUGCCUUCCCAAGAAAUGAAGUCCCUGAAGAUUAUUUGGAACUCGAGAAACAAGCUAUAAGUUAUGCCAAAGGCCUUCCUCUAGCUCUAAAAGUAAUGGGUCGUGAUUUGUGUGAGAAAACUAUACAUGAAUGGGAUGAUGCGUUAGAUUGUUAUAAAAAAAACCCUCCUAAAGAUAUUCAAAACAUACUAAAAAGAAGUUAUGAAGGAUUACCCGAAAAUGAAAAGAAUAUUUUCCUUGAUAUUGCAUGUUUCUUCAAGGGAUAUGACAUGAGUUAUAAUAUGAUUAAGGAUGUACUGAAAGCUUGUGGUUUAAACCCAGUAUAUGGUAUUCGAAAUCUUAUUGAUAAGUGUCUCUUGACUAUUGAUCAAGAUAAUUAUUAUUUGUCGAUGCACGACUUAUUACAACAAAUGGGUAUGGACAUUGUUCGACAAGAAGCACCACUAAAGCCUGAGGAACGUAGCAGACUAAGGUGUUAUAAGGAAGCUCUUGAUGUAUUAACUGAAGAUAUGGGUUCAGAUAAAAUUCAAAGCAUAAUAUUGUGGUCGCCUAAAUCAGAAUCCGAAGAGGUGCAAAUAAAGGCACAAUUUUGUAAGAUGAAAAAUCUUAGAUUGCUUUUGAUUCGUAACAUACGUUGUUGCAAUGGACCCCUUGAAUGUCUUCCCAAUGAAUUAAGCUUGCUUGAUUGGCGUGACUAUCCAUUUUCUUCGCGGCCACCAAAUUUUUUUCCCAAAAAACUGGUUGUGCUUAACUCGCCUCUUAUCCUAUUAAAGGAACCAGAACUCAAGCAGAAAUUUGUAUCCGUGACAUAUGUGGACUUUAGUGACUGCGAUCUGAUUACGAAAAUACCUGACUUAUCAAUGACCCCAAACGUAACAAAAUUGAUACUUUUUAACUGUAGAAAUUUAAUUGAGAUUGAUGAUUCCGUGGGGCGUCUUGAUAAGCUUGAAGUGUGGGACCUUUGGAAUUGCGAAAAACUUGAAACUCUUCCGAACUGUCUCACGAUGAAAUCUCUUACAUCUUUUAGCCUGCCCCGAUGCCGGAGGAUUAAGAAGUUUCCAAAUAUCUUGCACGAAAUGAAAGGUGUUGAAGAUUUAACGCUUCCAGAAAGCUGUAUUGAAUUGCCUCCGUCAUUUGGGAAUUUGAUUGGGCUUAAGAAAUUAAUUGUAGGAACAUAUGAUUCAGGAGAGGCGCAUCUUUCGGGCAAUUCCAUAUUUCUGAAGAAUGUGGAGAUUGAUAGACAGCCACUGUGCAACUCUCUUGGUUGCUCAUAUGUUUUUCCAAUGUUGAAAAAACUGUCUAUUUAUUGCAUUAAAAUUUACUCAGAAAUAGAAUUUAUUUUGAAUUAUUUUUCCCCCCACACACUGGAAGAGUUAGAAAUCCACAACAGCAAAGUUGUCACCCUCCCAGAAAGCAUGAGCAGAUGUGAGAGAUUACAUACGCUUAUUAUUGGAGAUUGCGAUGAGUUGCGGGAAAUCCUAAGGCUUCCACAUAGUAUAAGACGUGUAGAAGUAGAAAGUUGCCACUCGCUGGAUUUACAAUCAUUCUUUCAGCUGCUUCGAGAAAUCAUAGGGCUUCCACCAAAUCUACCACCAUGUUCAGGUGUAACAAGGCACAUGUCCUCGUUAGUAUGGUAUCCAGAAAGGAAAGAGCGACAAUUUUGGCUAGACAGCCUUUGUGAAUAUGGUUUUGAGGUAACAGGAGAUGAGAAUGAUAUUCCAAAUUGGUUCAACCAUCAAAGGGACGGAAAUUUAAUAUCAUUCACGAUUGGUCCCGAAUUUCCAACAAUUGCUCUCUGUACUGCUUUUGGAAUACAAGAUUGUGAAGCUUUUCAUGGUUUUGGUCGUAAUUUUGAUUAUCAUGUCAUCAUUUUCAUCAAUGGUACUGAACGAAGAUUUGAAAGAAAAAGCAUUCAUAAAGAUAAGAGGUCUGGGCAUCUGAGUUUUUCAUGUAGACCUCAGAGCUCAUUACAGGAAUUAUUUCGGGACUUGCAACUAACUGAUCGGAAUCAUGUUGAGAUCCUCUGUAAUACUCUCCCCUAUUCAUCCAUAGAAGUUGCUCCUAUCGUUGAAAGGAUAGGAGUCCAUGUAGAAUGCAAUUGCCCUCCUCCUCAAAAUCCCAGUAUCAUUCAAGACAUUAAUAGGCCCCUAUCUUUGCAAUCAGGUUUGGGACUUCCAAUGGAUACAGAAAAUGGAUCAGACUUAGGUUCGGCAUUAGACUCGUCAAAUGUUGAUGGGUUUGAUUUGGGUUCAUCUUCAGUGGCCCAGCCCCCUGUAAAUGAUGAUUUCGACUCCAAUCAGUUUCCACUGUGGGGGAGAAUGGGAAGACUCUUGAUUCGACUGUUUGUGGUUCUCUUUUUUUAUUUAUUUAUUUUAUUUUUAACUUUUAAAUAAUUGUAAUAUAUCAAUUGGACUGUUCAAUGGGACAUUGGUCUUAUCAUGACAAAGAUGCUCUAAGCCAUAGAUGCU